AUGAAGUUUGCCCAUGACUUUAAAGAGACGCUCAGGCGUGAAGACUUUCCAUCUCACUGGAUCGACCUCGCCAUUCCAUACGGCCAGUUGAAGAAGGUUCUCAAACGCGUCGCCCGCGAACUCAAUGAUCUGGGGCUUGAUCCUGAGACUUUGCGCCAACUGCUCGACCCGGCCGAUGAUUCGCCGCUGGCCGCUAAAUACCGCCUCAAUGGUAAACCUUCCUUCAUCCCUCCAACGAGGUUCCUGAGUAACGGUCAACUGACUCAACGUCCUUGUCGUAAUCCAGCCGCCGGUAACUCCAAAUUACUGAGGCCCAAGCUGACCGUUUUGGUCCACAUGCGCGAUGGAAACGCCGUUGAUGCCUCGUUGGCGCCGGCGUCUCGUAGUCUUAUCGAACGCAUCGCCGCUUUGCAGUCCCAAGACCCUGACGAAGCUAUCUUGGCGCCAUUGAAAGAGCCCGGUUCGAGCCCGGUGCUCAUCUCAUCUGCCGAGUCCCUUGCAAAUGCUGAGAUCGAGCUAUCAGACACCCAGAGCGGUGAUGAGGAUCACGGCCACGCGGCCCCAGUAGAGUAUUUUGAGCGCAUCGAGGUCCCGCUUGUAUUUGAUAGCGAGUUCUUUGGUAUCUUGCAAAGCGACGUCAAUAACCUUGAUGCCCUUCAAGCUAAGGAGGAAAAGGCCAUGGUGACUGAAAUCGUCGCCCUGCGCCAGGAAGUUUCCCAUCUGACGAAACCCAGCCGCCUCUCCAAGAGCGAUCUCGCAAGGUGGAGGGCUAUUUUCGAACUCUACCUCGAUGCACAAGUCUUCUUUUCUACCAACGAGCAAGAUCACGGAUCGCGUAGCAGCCAGACGGCCGCUAAACAACUGCAAUGGUUCCAGGAAGAAAUAACCAAACGCAACCUGGUCAAGUCCUUCAAGAUCGCCGAGAGCCGCGAGGCCCUGGUUCGUUUCCUUCGCCUGAACGCUGUUCUCCUCAAAAAUUUGCAGUUCCAGGAGAUCAACCAGGUCGCCAUAUACAAAAUUCUAAAGAAACUGACAGUUCCAGAAUUCGAUAAGCGCACAUGCUUGGGGGUCUCGAAGUCCUUCCCGGUGCAGGUGCACUCGGACAAGUUGCUGGCCGGCUCCGUGGCAAAGGACAUCUGCGCUCAAAUGUCCACUGACCUGGUUUCCGUCGUGCCUCAGAUCAACGACUACUUAUGCCCCAUUUGCUUUGCCAUCGCGUAUCGGCCCGUCCGCUUGGCCUGUCGGCAUGUAUUCUGCAUCCGAUGCAUCGUCAAGAUUCAACGCCGAAAUGAGAAGCACUGCCCCUUGUGCAGGGCUGAUACCGUCAUGAAAGCCUCUGCAGACAAUUUGGAUAUCCAACUCGAAAGGUACAUGCGAAAGUACUUCCCCAAGGAGGCCAAGGAGAAGCAGCGGGCCAACGAAAUCGAACGAGGUAUCGAGGAUUACGGCCCCGAGUACGUGCAUUCUGAGUGCUCAGUGAUGUAG